UCAUGUUUAGAUCUGAUAAUUCUCUAGUUUAAAAAAAUUUCUGACUUGGUAAUGGACAUCAAAUGUCUAUGAAAUAUUUUUUACAAAAAUAUACUUGAUAUUGUUCAAUGUGGCAACUCUGCUGAUGUAUUUUGUUUAUCCAUAUUUAUCUCUUGAUUGGACUGGACUUUAAACUAUACUUGAUAUUAUUGGAAAUAAAAUAAUAUAUUUAAGUCAAGUAAAUUUAUAGAAGAAAUGAGUUCUAUAAAUCGUUUAUGUGGAAAAAUUGCUAUAGUAACUGCUUCUACAGAUGGAAUAGGAUUUGCAAUAGCACAGAGAUUAGCUCGUGAAGGGGCAAAAGUUAUCGUUAGCAGUCGAAAAGAAAAAAAUGUAAACGAAGCCAUAAGUAAACUGAGUAACGAGGGACUCGAUGUUAAAGGUUUGGUAUGUCACGUAUCAAAGGCCGACGAUAGAAAAAAAUUGUUCGACCAAGCUAAUAAAUUCGGUGGCCUCGACAUUCUAGUAUCAAAUGCAGCUGUUAAUCCAGAGGUUGGGGAUGUACUUGAUUGUUCUGAAAGUUCAUGGGACAAAAUAUUCGACGUUAACGUUAAGUCAGCCUUCUUAUUAGCCAAAGAGGCAGUCCCGUUGUUAAAACAAAGUAAAGAAGGCAGGAUAAUCUUCAUUUCAUCAAUUGCCGGCUUCCAGCCACUUGGCUUACUAGGAGCUUAUUCGGUAAGCAAAACAGCUUUACUAGGACUGACAAAAGCAGCUGCACUUCAACUUGGCCCCGAAGGAAUUACCGUGAACUGCGUGGCACCGGGGAUUAUAAAAACAAAAUUUUCUUCCGCUCUAACUUCCAAUGAGGGCGCAGAAAGCGAAAUUUUGUCACAAAUUCCCUUAAAAAGGUUGGGAGAUCCUCACGAUAUUAGUGGUGUUGUCGCAUUUCUAGCUUCAAAGGAUGGUGCAUACCUGACGGGUGAAAAUAUUGUGGUUUCUGGUGGAAUGCCUUCAAGAUUGUAAAGAAUAUACACGACUUUUAUUUAAAGUAUGCUAAAGUUAAAUAUUCCUGUAGUCACUAACCGAGUUAUAAUUUUUGUGAAUGGGAGGAAUGAUUCGUUAUUUCGUGACAUAUUUUUGGUUUUCCCUGGUCAUUUAAUGAUGAAAUCGGCAUAUCUUUUGGUAGCUUUGAAUAUAAUCCAUUUGUUGUAAGGAUAGUGGUAUGGUGUAAGUUUUAAAAAAAAGACAUCAAUUAUUA